UUUGUCAAAAUUUAAAAUUUUUUGACAUUAGUAGCUCUUCUCUUCGUCUUUGGCACAAACAAACAAAACUUUAUUGCGAAAAUAUUAUAUUUAAUCAUUUAAUUCGAUAUUAUAAAUUCCUUUUAGGAAUCCCGUUAUUUCUUAUCGCAUCGGAAGCAGGAAUCGUUCAUCCAGGCAAAUUCUCGCUGAAGGGAACUAGCUCCUUCCCAGCCGCUAAUUACGUGUCUGCAGCAAGUUAAACAAUUGUACAAGAAAGCAGAAAUAUGAUUAUCAGAAAUCGUCAUCUCAUGAUUCAAAAAUGACAAACAAUUUAAAAACUUUAUGCGCAUGCGCCUUUGUAAAAGAGCUUAAAAAACUAACCAAUCAAAUUAAAGCAAACAACGAAAUUCUUCUAACCCAUCCUUUGCAAAGAAAAAUUACAGCUGAUUUUUUUUAUCGAUGAGUAAAGUUUUACUCAGUGAAAUAGAAAAGGAAUAUGAGGUGCCUUUUCAAAAACGUAACAUAGUCAUUAAAACAAACGAAAAACCCACGCAGACUUACGAUAUUAUGGAGGAGAUCGGAAAGGGCAAAUUUGGGACAGUUUAUAAAUGCAAAGAGAAAAAGACGAAUCAGUGGUUAGCUUGCAAGCAAAUAGAUAUUCUGAGUCCUCAAAUCAGGAAGGAAACCGAGAACGAAAUCGAUAUAAUGAAAUCCUUACAACAUCGCCGACUCCUUCAACUCUACGAUGCCUACGACUACGGAAAAACUAUGGUUCUCAUACUCGAGCUAAUAACCGGGGGUGAGUUGUUCGAAAGGGUCAUAGAUGACGAAUUUGACUUAACCGAAAGAUCUUGUGUUCUGUUCAUGCGACAAAUUUGCGAGGGUGUUGAAUUCAUGCAUUCGUUAAAUAUUUUACAUCUCGAUUUAAAACCCGAAAAUAUACUAUGCAUAACGCAAACGGGUAAUCAAAUCAAAAUAAUAGAUUUUGGUUUGGCGAGACGGAUAGAAGGUAGCAAAGAUAUCAAAGUCAUGUUCGGCACUCCCGAAUUCGUAGCUCCCGAAGUUAUAAAUUAUGACAAAAUCGGGAAAGGCACAGACCUCUGGAGUAUAGGAAUUAUCACAUAUGUCCUUUUGUCCGGAUUGUCACCGUUUAUGGGACAAAACGAAGCCGAAACCUUGUCCAAUGUCACAAAAUUGGAGUGGGAUUUCGAAGACGAAAGCUUCGACGAAAUAUCGGAAAACGCCAAAAAUUUUAUCUCAAAAUUACUCCUCAAGGACCAGAAAAAACGUAUGACAGCUUCGGAAUGCUUAAAACACCCCUGGUUGACGAUGACGCAAGCCGAAAAGUUAUUAUCCAAAGGAAAUCUCAAAAAAUUCGUGGUUCGAAGAAAAUGGAAUAAAGCUAAAAAUGCAUUCUUAGCCCUCAAACGUAUGGGAGCUCAUAUAAAAUAAUAGCGCCAUUUCUUUCCUAAUCAAAUAAAAUGCCAAAAAAAAACAAGCUCACAUGAUAUAGUUUAUUUUAUUAAUUAUAUAUCUUUUAAAACUUUAUUUAUAUAUUUUUAAAGAAAAAUAAUGUGAUAUUUUAAAAA